GAGUACCCGGCCUGGUGUGGGAGACAUUACGAGAUUCCUGUGGACUCCACCCAGCCGCCUGCUCUGUUCCGGGAAACGUUUUGGUUCCAGGACAGGGCCCACGACCUGUUCGCUUUCACACGACACGGAGGGAAAGGACGACACCGUUUGGGAAUCCAGCAGAGAUCGUCGAUAACAAGACUCGGUGCUCAACAAGGCACAUUAAGGAAGAUCACGCGGUUGUGAUUGCGCAACUUGCCCAAAAAGGCAACAUGUCCAGAUCAGACUACCCUCCAGGGUACGAUGAAGCCCACGGCCCGAUGUACGCACCUCAGGGCGGAAAUUACCCGGCGGCCCCUGCAUACGGCUUCCCGGCAUAUGGCGGACCUCAACCAGGACAGCCUGUGGCUCCCUACCCCACCGGUACAAACGCUCCUUUGUUCUCUGGCCAACCGGGGAACUAUCCUCCGGGGAACUAUCCUCCGGGGAACUAUCCUCCAGGGAACUAUCCUCAGGGGAACUAUCCUCCGGGCUCGUACCCUCCCGGGCCUCAGGGAGCCGGCUAUCCUAGCCAGCCCCCGAUGCCCCCCAUCAUGCCGAUUACCAUGCCAUCAGAUGUUAUGAGCUCUGAUGACGAGCAUGAGUUUGCGGCCAGGGGAGGCGACUGGGACGAUCUGAGCAUUCGCCACGCCUUCAUCAGAAAGGUGUAUAUGAUUUUGGCAUCCCAGCUCCUGUUCACUACCGCCAUCGUGGCCGUGUUCACCUUCGUCGAACCCGUCCGAUAUUUUGUACAGCGCAACCAAGCAGUCUACUGGGCGUCAUAUGGUGUGUACUUCAUCACCCACCUCGUGCUGGUGUGCUGCAAGGGCCCACGGAGGAAGUUUCCAUGGAACUUGAUACUACUGUUCAUCUUUACCCUGGCUCUGUCCUACAUGACUGGCUCCAUAUCCAGUUUCUACGAUACAAAGGCUGUGUUUAUGGCUCUGGCCAUCACUGCUGUUGUCUGCAUCGCCGUCACUGUCUUCUGCUUUCAAACUAAGGUGGACUUCACCAAGUGCCGGGGCUUCUUUUGUGUCCUGGGGAUUGUGGUCUUUGUGACGGGCAUCAUUUCAGUCAUCGUGCUGUCCUUCAAAUAUAUCUACUGGCUCCACAUGCUGUACGCCGCCAUCGGAGCCAUAGCUUUCACCCUGUUCUUGGCGUACCACACGCAGCUCCUGAUCGGCAACCGGAAGUACUCCAUCAGUCCGGAGGAGUACGUGUUCGGCGCGCUCUCCCUCUACGUGGACAUCAUCCAGAUCUUCCUCUUCCUGCUGCAGAUAAUCGGUUCCAGCAAGUAAAAAAAAAGGCUCCGGGUAAUGUCAUGUCAUGUGAUGUCAUGUCAACAUACAGAACCAUUCCAUGCUGUUGGGAACUCUUUUGCUUAGUUUCCACUAGUAACCAGAAUGUAUUUAUGCACAUCACUUAAGGGCUGAAUCUGAGAUUGUGUUACAGCAUAAAACAUUUCUAUGCACUUUCCUACAUAUUUCUACCAUUAGAAGCAAACAGCGUGUCUUACACUCUUGUUGGCUUGAAGUCAAAUAGAAAGUUCUAUCUGCAUGCUUAACUUGGAAGUGCCUGCAUUAGAUGUUCUCACGCUUGAUUUGAAGAACUUCGUGGUUUAGGGUUUCGCACGUUUUUGCUUCUACCGUAGAAUACGUUACAUAAUUAUAUUUUAGCCACGUGUGUCAUCAUUACGGCACUUGCUCCUAAAAACAUCUAUGUUUGUAAAUACCCUCUGUUUGAUAUUUCGUACAUAAUAAAUAUUUUUAUUUCCGCG